AUGUCAACACCUUGCGAACCAGUCUCUCCAUCCCCAACAGUACUUUUGUCGCCUGUUCUUCUAUCACGGCCUAUACGUUCACAGAGUGCUCAUUCACCCAACUUCCUUCGUAAUUUUGGGGCUGUAGGUGGUGGACAACAACAACAAAUAUUACAACAUUCUGAUUCUGAUUCGGAGCCCUUAACAACCCCAUGUUGCUCUCGAGGCCCUUCUCUCCUCUCUCGUCAAUCCCACUCACGCCUCUCCAAUUCUCGCCUCUCUAAUUGCUCUUCACCUCUUGCUGGCACUCCUCCACCUCUUGUGUGUAGCCCUCCGAUAGGACUCGGUAGUGGAAGUGGAGGUGGAUGUAGAAAUGUGACUAGAUCUGGCUCCUUUUCUCGUUAUCACCAACUUCAACAACAACAAAAUUCUUCUUCUUUUUCCUCAUCUGUCGGGAAUAGUGGAAAUUAUCAACACCAAUUAAUUAAUUUCCCCAAUAAACUUCCCUUAAAUAUUGGCCGUUGCCAUUCAUUUACACGAUCAAAUAACAACAAUAAACCUUUUCUUCCCCCUCAUCACCAACAUCCUUUACUUCAAAGAACGGCAAAUAAUACUGUUAACAGUUCUUUUUCACAAUACGAUUCUUUUGAAAGUAGUGCGAGUGCUGGAGAACCCUCCUACUUGCCUCACUCUUCCCAUUCAUUUUCUCGUCGAGGAGGUUCUCAAAUUAAUCGUAACCACCAUCCCCUUUUGGCUGGUAGACCCCCAUCUGCUGCCGCUCAACUUCAACGUUCUCAAUCAGACGCAUUAAAUCCAAUUCCUUCACGUCAUUCAUCACAAGGAAGUGGAAUAGAAGGAGGGGAUUUUCAAAGUGUUAUAUUGGGUGGAGGGGGAGACCGUUUGUCUGGUGGAGGUAUUAAUAACGGUAGUGGUGGUGGUGGGGAUACUUUAAGAAUUGGAACAACUAGUAAACGUCCGUCAGUAUUACUUCGUGAUCUACAACAAGACUUUCAUCACUCAUCAUUGGAUAGUAGUGGCUCUUAUAGAGAACACCAUUUACAUUCAGGUGUUCUUCAACAUCCACAACCACCAAUUACAACAACUAGUCAAUUAAACAAUUCUUUUUUGUUUUCUUCUUCUACUCAUCGACAACAACUUAUCAACAACCCCAACAGUUUAAUGAAGUUUAAACACUGCCCUCUAGGGCAUUCUGAUCCACAAAUAUAUACACAUACUCAAACACCUUUCUUUGUUUUGUCUGGUGGAGGAGGGAAUGGAGGUGGGGGAAUGUUUGGUGGAGGUGGAAUAAGCAACUCUUUUGCUACAACAAAUGGAAGUCGCCGUUCAUUUUUGAGUUCGAGUCCGCAGGCUUUUAAACUUAAGAGAGAAUCAUUUACUGGACGUCUUCAACAACCCAACAGUGCAGCUAUAAACGCUAAUUGUGGUGAUUCAACGGGGAGCGUUCGUAAUUCCGUUCAGAUGCGCGUUCACAGAACUUCAUUUUCCUCAAUGAGCACCCACCAACAACAACAUUCAUCAAAUAUUCCCCACCAUCACCGUGGGGGAGGAGGGACAAGUGCUUCUGCCCGUCCAAGUAUUAGUGCUGGUUGUGGUUCUGGAAUUCGCCAACCUGUAGCGCUGAGAGCACUCCCUCCUGGGCAUCAUUUGGAAAAUAGGAGAUGGUCUCUAGCUUCGUUACCUUCAUCUUCUGGAUAUGGGACGCCUGGAACGAAUUCUGCUUAUUCGAGCCAAUAUUCUUCCCAAGAAAAUUUGGCUAGCAUUAUUGGUGAUAUGCGUAUUCGAGACCGUUUUGACAGCAACGAAAGCUAUGCCUGCUGUUUAGGCGAUGAUUUUGGUGGUUUAAUGCGUCCUCGUUCUCGUAGUUUAACAAGUCCAGUCCCUCAUUUAUUUGAACGCUUGGGUGUCGAUUCUCCAAUGAUGCUUUCUUCAGUUUACAAGGAAAGAUUCCCUAAAGCCAAACUUCAAAUGGAAAAUCGUUUAAUGCAAUUUCUUACACAAAAUGCACCUUUGAGCGGAUUUACUUCACAAAUGCUUCAAUUAAAUAUUGUGCCCCCUUCUCCGAUGCCCACUCGUGAACAACAAUCUUCCUCCCUUGUGCCACCAUCUCCACGUCCACAAUCACCAAAUUUACUUACUCGACCACUUUCUCCUUUAGUAACAGAAUCAGCAACGGCAAUUGGGGAUUCAGUAAUUCAUCAUCGUUCGUCUAAUACAAAUUUUUUGAGUGCUGGGUCUGCUGGUGGGUUUUCUCCUGGAAAUUCGUUUUUUGGUGGUGGUCAACAACAAUCAAAUCAAGGACUGGAUGGAGGAAAUGGAGAACAAGCAACCAACAAUAAUACCCCACCAAUAAUAACUUCUUCAACAAUUUCCUCCCCAUUAUUUGGUUGUUCAACAAAUAUUCCCCCAAUAGACCCUCAAUUAUUACGUUUAAUUUCUGAUGGUGCUACACGUUUUUUACAUCAUCAAUUAUGUGAAAUUGCUGCAGAUUGUUUACAAAAAAGUCGGGAUGAUUUGUUGAAUUGUGUUUAUUUUUGUUCAAUGUCUGUUAGAUUGGAUGAAACUUUGGCUGAGGCUGAAAUGAAAGUUGGACCAGAAUCUUAUAAAUAUUUAUUUCGUCUAGUCAAACAAAUGUUGAUGAUUGUUUCUAGAACUGCUAGACUUUUGGAAUGCUUGGAAUUCAAUCCAGACGAAUUUUAUCAAUUACUUGGAGAUGCAGAAGUUGCAGUACGCGAACAAUUAGGUUCUGGCUCUGCUCGUGUUCCAGAUUUGCCUCAAUAUAUUUUGACAAAAUUGGGAUUAAAUAAAAAUUUGUCUUCUUUGGAAAAAAAUAUUGGAGAACAAACUGGGGAUGGGGCUGGAGAGGAGGAAGAAGAAGAAAAUGAGGAAGAAUUUGGACAGAAUAAAGGUCAUAAAGAUGCUCAAUUGACAGCACAAGAUUCUUCAGACAAGUUAAUAUUACCUCCUCAAACAACUCGAGAAGCUCCAAAAGAAGAAGAUUUUGAAAAUAUUCGUUUAAUAAGUAAUGGGGCUUAUGGAGCUGUCUAUUUGGUUAAACAUAAAAAGACUAGACAACGUUUUGCUUUAAAAAAGAUGAAAAAACAUACUUUAUUGUUGAGAAAUCAAGUUGAACAAGUUUAUGCUGAAAGGGAUAUUUUGACAUUUACUGAUAAUCCUUUUGUCGUUUGUUUUUAUGGAUCUUUCGAGACAAAACAACAUUUAUGUAUGUUAAUGGAAUAUGUUGAGGGAGGGGAUUGUGCUUCUUUAUUAAAAUCUGCCGGUACUUUACCAAUCGAAUUAGCUCGUCUUUAUGUAGCCGAAACUGUAAUGGCUGUUGAAUAUUUGCAUUCUUGUGGAAUUGUUCAUAGAGACUUGAAGCCAGACAAUUUAUUAAUUACCUCUAUGGGGCAUAUUAAAUUAACUGAUUUUGGACUUUCGAAGAUUGGAUUAAUGAAUAGAACAACUUUGGUGUCUGAGGGUUAUCUUCAAGAUGACACACAACAAUUCAAAGAUAACCAACUUUGUGGAACUCCAGAAUAUAUUGCCCCAGAAGUAAUUUUGAGACAAGGAUAUGGAAAGCCGGUAGAUUGGUGGGCUUUGGGCGUCAUUCUUUACGAAUUUCUUGUUGGCAUUGUUCCAUUUUUGGGUGAUUCGCCUGAGGCGCUUUUUGCAAAUAUAAUAAAUGAAGAAGUGGAGUAUCCGGAAGGAGAAGAGGCUCUAAACCCUGAUGCCGAAUCUCUCAUUCGAAUGCUUCUUGAAAAAAAUCCUGCAGAUCGUCUCGGAACUAUGGGAGGUGCUGGGCAAGUAUCCUCACAUCCCUUCUUUGCCCCUAUCGACUUUGGCACAAUUUUACGUCAAAAAGCAGAAUUUGUGCCUCAAUUGGAAAAUGAUGAAGAUACUUCUUAUUUUGACUCGAGAACGGAUCGUUAUAAUCAUGAUGCGGAGUCCGAAGUUGCUGAGGAUGAUGAACAAGUACCUAUGUUUUGGUCAUUUUCCACCGCCUCUCCACGUCAUAGCAUUGUUGGAGGUUUAGAACUUCCAAUUGGUGGAAUGGCUAUGUUACAAGCAGCACAUGCUGCUGCUAUAGAAAGGAGUCAACAGCAACAAUUACAAAAUUCACAACAGCAACACGAUUUGGAUAGUGAUGAUAAAGCUUCUUCUGGUGUUGGGAGUGCUCCAGGGUCUAUUUCUUUAGGUCUUCCUCAACAACCAAGUAGUAGAUGUGUUUCGAGGAAUGCUGAUUUGCUCCAAGAACCAACUUCCUUAUCACCAUCCGAACAACUACAAACUCGCCCAAAAUCUUCUACAACAAAUCAACGUUUAAACGAAUUUUCUGGAGCUGAUGUAAUUCCUUCUGCUGUCAUUUUACGAAGACGUUUCUCUAGUCAAAGGCAUUCAAACACAACAAACAUGUCUACUAGUAGUAGUGGAACUACUGGGACGGGUGCUGGUGGACAAACAACUAAUACAUGCUCGUCGACUGAUUCGUCUGUUGAUGUUUCUCAUUUUCAGUAUGAUGCUUCUAGGAAGAGUCAUGGACAGUUACCGAGGUUGGCAAUUUCUCCAUGUGCCAGUGUUGUAACAAGCUCUAAUCCUUCCUCUUCCACCCAUUUACCAUUACAACGUCGCUCUGAAGAAUUGUUACAAGCAAAUGAACACCACACACAAUUACAACAUCUUUCUCCAGUACAAGAACGUUGGCAAGAAAAUAGUGGAGGUGGAGGAGGAAAUGUUGUUAUUAGAAGGGUACAAAAGAAGCGUCCUUCUACUGUUGUACAUGAAUUGAUAACGGAUUCAUCCCAACAGCAACAACAACAAAAUAAACAACAACAAAUUCCCCCAAUAAAUUCCCCCCAAUUAAAUCGCCAACUUCGUUCAACUUCUUGUCGUAUUCCAAACACAACAAAAGCCCCACCAGAAACCCUUAAAGUUCAAAUACCUCAACAACAACAACAAACUAGUUCUAAUAAUUCUUCUCCUCAAACAAGUACAACGAAUACAAUAUAUUAUCAUUCUUACGGGUUAAAUGCUGCUCAACAAGUCCAUAGCAGCUCAUCUGGUCAACAAUCUCCCUCAUGCGCCUCAGUCUCCAGCGCUUCCUCUUAUGAAUGUCAAAAACAGCAGCAACAACCCCCAGCAGAACCCUGUGGACCUUCGUUGGAAGUUCAUCAAUCUGGUCAUUCAGCAACAACCCUUCCAUCUCCAUGUUCUUUAUUACCCCCUCCCUCUUCUUUACAUCCUAUAAAUCAUCGAACAUCUAUUUCUGGUGGUUUAUCAAGGCCUAUAGUUAUUAGAAAGGGUGCUCAAGGAUUUGGAUUUACAAUUAGAUCUGUGCGGGUUUAUUUAAGCGAGCUUUCUGAAUAUUACUCAAUUGAACAUAUUGUGUCUGCUGUACGUGAAGGUUCUCCUGCGUGGGAGGCUGGAUUGAGGGUUAAUGAUUUAAUCUCGCAUGUGCAUACACAAUCGGUUCACAAUAUGACACAUCCCCAAUUAAUGCAUAGACUUCUUUCCUGUGGAAACGAAUUAACUGUCCAUGUAGUCCCUUUAACAAAUACAUCAAUUAAAGAAGGAGAACCUCGCCGUAAUGUUGGAAAACCUUUAAGAAAAAAACCUUUACGUCGACCAACAACAAAUUUAAGGGGCGGUGGAGGAAGUAAUGGUGGAGGGGGAAAUGGACGAGUUAAAGGUGGUGGAGGAGGGGGAGGAAGUUCUGCUGCUGCUUUAGUAGCUAAUUCUUCAUUAUUGAGGAGAUUAAGUGGAAAAAGAGGGAAUGCUGUGGAUAUUGUGCCGGGUACUUCUUCCCAAAAACAAACAUUUAUGCCUCGUUCAGUAUCUAGUCAAGAAGGUGUUUUAGUCUCAAAUUCUUCUUCUAAUGUUGCAACUUGUUCUAUUUCUUCUACUUCCCAAGAACACCAACAACAAAACAAACAAUAUUUAACAGCUCCGGGAGCAGAAUUAAUAUCAGCUAAUUCAACAACAUCAAAAAAUUCACAAACGACAAAAAGACUUUCAAUACCUUCAGCUUCAGUUUUAUUGGAUUCUGUUAGGAGAAAAUUGUAA